GCAACUCAGUCCAAUAUUAUUGUCCAAUAUGGUUUCCAGCUGAAAUCUGCCACCGGCAAACAUAAAUAAAACUUUUUGGAUGGAAAAUGGCAGAGUUUAUUUCAAAGCGGGGACAAGCUAUCGCGUCCGGAUCUCCCUACAAAAACGCUGAUGCCUUGCAAAGUCAACAUGCGACUCAUCGCGACAUAUUACGAUUUGGCAACAAAAUUUAUGAAAGAAAAUGUGCAGAACUGGAGAAAUUAAGGGAAGAGUCGUUAGCUGAGCUUGAGGUACGGCUUUGGCAGAUCGCUAACGAAGAACGAGACCAAGCUGUGAAGGAAACUUUCGAUCAGGGCCAAGAGGAACUCAAAAUAAGUCAGGAGAAUGCCAAGAAAGAGAAGGAGAAAGCUGUAAAAGCAGAAUGCAGGCGGGUCGAGGCAUACAUGAAGAAACAGUCUCAACAAAAGCUGGAGGAUGCGAAUGAAGCAUUUCAAGCGCAACUUAAGGAAGCUCUCCAUGAUGCAAGGAUAGAAUUUGAAGUCGAGAAAAUGUUGACAAUUCGUGAAGUUAGAGAACAAGAAAUAAACAAUGCAGUGGAGGAGGCUGCGAAAACAGCAGAAUUGGAGGAAUCAAAAAGAAGGAAGAUUAUCUUGGAAGCUGAGAAAGAAAAAGCUUAUUCUUUGAAGAAACUAAAAUUAAAGAUGGAAGAAGAGAUGCGAAAAAAGAUCGCAGAAGCUGAAGAAAGAUGCCGUCAGUUGGCUUUGGAAGAACUACGAAGAUAUGAAGAAGCACAUUCGGUUGAAAUGGAAAAACUUUACCAGAAACUUCGACAGCAAGAAUCUGAAUACGAUGAAAUGAAACUCCAGCUUUCCAGGAAAGAAAAUAUUCGCAGAAAAACCGAGACAAAAUUACGCGAAGUUGUCGAAGAGUUUCAGAAAUUUAUUGAUUUGACGAAAGGAUUCACAAAAGGCCAAUCCGAGUUCUUGCUGCCAGACAUCAACCUACUUCAGGACAUGUUAAAAGGUGCGGUUUCGUCUUGUCAAAGACUAAAAGAAGAUGAACUUUGAAUUGUGAAUGAUUGCACCGGAGCAGAGUUGUAAACUUUGUUUUUACCGAAAAAUUUUAUUACUCAAUAAUAUAUUUAUAGUUUAUCUUGUAAGAAUUGUUGAAACUAUCAUGUUUUUAAAACACUGAAGUAAUUUGUGGUUGAUUUUAGCCUAUUAAAUUUUGAUU